AUGCAACAUCGCAUUAUACGCCAGGCCUCCCGGUCGUUUGCAACGUCGGCUGCUGCGCUUUCCAACUCCACGCCAAUAAAAGCCAGCCUGGUCCUUUCAAGAGCCCCAAUAGUGACGCCAGAUGUUCCGGAAUUCGAAAAGCUUUUCUAUAACUACCAGGAAGAACUCGAGAGAAGACUGAUGUGGACGUUCCCAAAGUGGUUUUAUUUCAAAAAGGGUACUGUUGCAGAGAGAGAGUUCACCGAGGCCCAGAAAUAUCCUGUUCCAGCGCAAAGAGGGGUGUGGUUCCCACAGGGUGUGCCAGAUUUGAAGCACGGAAGGGACAGAAGAUUCAAGCAAGAGGUAAUACUACCUAAGAAGCACGCGGAGGUCGAGGCGCCGGAGGAGGGCUCCACCGACACUGCUGCAGCACUAGCAGAUUUAGACGACAUCGGCAGAGCAAUCAAAGCAAAUUCUAGAGUCACCCAGUUUGACAAAGCCAAUGAGCAAACCUCUCUAGAAAGAAAACUCCCAAGAACACUAUACUUGGUGGUCAAGGAGUCUGGGGCAUGGAGAUUCCCAUCUUUUGAGGUGAAACCCGAUGCGAGCGAGCCAAAGGGCCUUCAUCAGAUUGCAGAAGACGGUCUGCGUACUCUAGGGGGUGACAAGAUCAAUACCUGGUCUGUCUCGAACAGUCCUGCUGCGGUCAUCAAGUAUGAUCCUAAGGGCCAAGUUGCCAACGUCAAGGCUUCCGACGCUUCUGCGCUCACGACAGAAUUCUUGAUGAAAUCACAUAUAAUUGCAGGGAAGUUCGAUCUCCAGAAAGCCUCGAAAAACGUCUCCGAAUACAAAUGGCUAGUCAAGGAAGAAAUCCAACAAGUGAGAAUAAUAUUUGAAAGCGCCAUGUCUUUAUUGAGAAUUGACGAUCUUUCUUUUGUUAACAUCGGCCACAUCCUUGAAGUCGACAUCCCGCAUUAUCUAGAAAUACGUAGAAAUUUUGAAAAGAUCCAGAAUAAGUAUGAUGUCAUAUCUGCCAAAUAUAUGCAAUUACCAAAAGGUUAUGACCCAGUGAAGACAAGAGAAGAUGCACUUCAGCUAUUUGAGAUCAGGAAGCAAUAUAUUCAUAUGUCAAUGACUCUUUGGAUUUGUGUGAAAAAUUUAGAGGGCAAGAUUAGCAAUGGCGUAACUGAUUUUGCCAGUUCAUUCCGAAAUUCAUUUGAAACCAGAAACACAAGCUAUGGAGCCAAGCUAUCAGAUGCUAUAGGCUUAACAUCUAUUGUGGAGGAUAUUGAACAAUUGGUUAAAUCUGCAGAAUUGAAACAGACAUCUUCAAUGCUUCUAAUGAAAGACUUAAAUCGAGCUAGAGUUAAUUCUGAAGAUGGAGCCAUAAAAAUGUACACUCCCAGUCCAGAUACCAAGGAUUUUGAUUCUUCUAUUCUUAAUGACAAGAAUAUAUAUUUAGAGAGUGAGAAAAACCUACUAGAAAAGCACGGAUGGGUGUUUAUCAAAUCCCCGAAAUUGAACGGCAGAGGCGAUGUGUGGAUCAAAAGAUGGAUGUUUGUAAAGAACGGAGUAUUUGGAUUUUUAUCAAUUUCUCAAGAUGGUCAAUAUGUCCAGGAAAGUGAUAAGAUUGGUGUUCUGCUGACAACUAUAAAAUACAUGCCAAGCGAAGAUAGAAAAUUUUGCUUUCAGAUAAACAGUCAGCUUACGAACUUGGUGAUUCAGGUCGAAACUUCUGUGGAACUCAAAAGUUGGCUCACUGUUUUCAGAAAUGUGACUGAAGUUGCCAGUGCAAAAAAAUCAGAAAUUGCAUUGAACAGAUACUCACCCUGUUUGGAUAUGCUGAAACUCGUGCCUGUUGUGGCAAAGGAUCUGGAAUUGAUUGAUGUGAAUCCAGUCGAUCCUCAAAUUGAAAAAACGUCGAAGUUAAUUGAGUUGCAACUCUCAAAUAUGAAGUUUAACCUUUCCAUUAAUCCUCCCUUGAAAACAAGCAUGACGGAGAAAAUUUCAAUGUCCCAUCUUUAUCUAUCCUCGACCACAAUUCCGUCGGCUACCACAGCUAAUUUCUGGGGGUAUGUUAACUGGGGAUUAUAUUUUGUCCUUGACGAGGAAACCAAAAUCUUAGUGUCAAAUAAUACUAAAACUCUGUCUCCUAGAUCAGUCAUCAACUUGAGAUAUCCUGAUUUCUAUCCCGAAUCUUUAAGGGUUGCUGAUGCUGAAUUGAGAUCGAUUUUUGAGGUAUGCAUUGGAAAUGACGAAUGUACCUUGUUGAGGUUCAAUGCAUCUUGGUCUCCAAAUUCUCAGCAAAACAUUUUUUGUGCCUUGUACGUGACCACGGAAUCUUUUUAUGUCUACAGCCAUACAUAUGGACUAAUCUCAAUUUUGCCAAUUUCUUUAUCGGACUUUCUUGAGGCCGAUGUAGUUGAGAAGGCAAACUCUACCAUUCUGAAAAUUUAUUUUGUUAGUGGGAUCACAAUCAAGAUGCAAUUGUACGAUGACGAUGUAUAUUCGAUCAAAACUCAAUUCAACUUCAUUUUGAAAAAUCGUAAGUCUUCCCAUCCUAAAGAUUUACAACAUGUGGUUUCACAGCUUUCUCAUAUUCAACAAGCUUACAAGAAGAUUAGAGACGAAAGACAAAUGUCGAUUACAACCUCUGCUAUCAGACCCUCCAAUUCAGACCAGCUUAAGCUGAAGGGUAUAAAAUUAGAAUACCCAGCCGGUGAGGAUUUGAACUGGAUAGAUAACACAACGGGAAUUAGCGAUUUAGAUAGUGAAAAUCGUAUCAAUUAUACCUCGGAGAUGGGGCUACUUUUAAUCAAGAGGUUCAAGGUUCCAGCCAAGGCACUUUUUCAUAUUUUGUUUGGUGACGAAUCUUUUUUGCUACAAUGCACAUUACCUUUGUCAUCGAGUAUUUUCAAAGAAGUUAACUCCAAGCAUAGUUUGUGGAGAUGUGACUCGAAGCAACGAAUGACCAGAGUUGUAUGGAACCCCGUAUUUAACGUUCCAUGUGCAAUGCAGACUAUCGAGCGCAUAGUAAACAACAAAUACUAUAACAUUGUCCAAGAAACUCCACAUUUGAGAUUUGUUUUCGGUAUCAAUAGGAAAAUUUCCAUGAGAUUCAUCAUCUACAACUUAGAUUCUAAAUCUUGCAAGCUGAUGGUUUACUAUUCAUUGGGAGGAGGAAGUAAUGUUUUAAACUGGUUCUCAAGAAAAGUAAUACACCAAAUCAUGAUAUUCCGGAUGGAGGCGUUAGAAAGCAGACUGACAGAAGCUGUUAGCCAAAUUGGAAACGAUAACAGAAAAAUUGCAUCUGCUAUUAGGACAUAUGGAUCAAUUACGAAGUACGACAGUGACGAAGCUACGAAAGAUGAACUAACUUUUGACGAUUCUGUGAGUUUCAUUCCGCUUCAGUUAUUUUCCUCAUUCUACUACGAAAAGGUCAACUUUGAGAUAGCGAGAUUGAUUUAUAAAGGCAUUAGAGCAUUCACCAAUACAAUCAAAACGGAGAUCACGGAGAUGAUAAACCCAAAUACUACGGACUUAUCAUAUGCGCCAAGCGGGACCGAAUGCUAUUGGCACUUUUUGGAACACGAGAAUCUGGGAAGCAUCAACCAGUACUCACGUAUCGACAAAAAUGAUGAGAUCAUUGACAUAUAUGAGCUCCAUUCUUUGGAAGGUAAAAGAGAGGUCUCUCUUGCGCAGAAAUUGACUGGGUUGCGCAUCGAGCGUAACGGUUUACUGACUAAGCUAAAUUUGUUGAACUAUAUCGAAAAGGAGUUUAUUCUGAAAGAGUGGAAAAACUGGGUCAGCUCUGAGAUCUCGAAUUGCCAAAAGGUGCAAGACACUUUUCCUGGCUCGUAUGAACCCAUCAAGAGUUACUGCGAGGAGGUGGAGAAGGAGAUGCUCAAUCUAUAUGAGAACCUCCUGUAA